CAUAAAUUCCGUUCUCUGUUCCUGUCUGCUGAAAGAUUUGGCACAAAAAAAUUUGGAAAACAUAUAAUCAUCUAUACAUACUUCAUGAUGCUUGCAAUAAUUACUCUUGGUUGCAUAGCCCCGCAUGCCCAAAAAACCAGACCAUUCCUUCCCUUCUCACUCACUUCCCAACCCCCACUCUACUCUCACACACCCACCUAUAAAUUCCAUCUACCCCCACUUCUCUCUCUCACCUGUAGUCCCAAACUCCACUAUCUCUGUCUCUAUCUCUAUCUCUAUCUCUAUCUAAUUUCUCUCUUUCUUUGCUAUACACAUCUCUUUCACUAUUUUGUUCUACACUAGUAUAACUAUACCUUCUAGCUAGCUACUAGCUCUUUCAGUUUCUAACAAUCACAACUAUCAUCAAUGGCUGUAUCUGGUUUUGAAGGCUUUGAGAAACGCCUAGAGCUUCAUUUCUUUGGUGAUGAUCCUGCAGUUAUAGACAUGGGUCUAAGGCAGCUUGAGUUUGAGUCACUAGAACAAGUCCUACAUGCAGUCCAAUGCACUGUGGUCUCGGCUGUAGGGAAUCACUACUUUGAUGCCUACGUGUUAUCUGAGUCCAGCCUCUUUGUUUACCCCACAAAGAUCAUCAUCAAGACUUGUGGGACCACUCAGCUUCUCAAAUCAAUCCGUCCAUUGCUUCACUAUGCUCAUCAUCUUGGUCUCACUCUUUGCUCUUGCCGCUACACUAGAGGUAGCUUUAUUUUCCCAAAGGCACAACCUUUCCCACACACUAGCUUCAAAGAAGAAGUUAUCUAUUUGGAAGAGACCCUUCCUUCCAAUCUUUGUUAUAGAAAAGCUUCGGUGAUGCCCUCUAAAGUCCCUUCUCAUUCUUGGCAUGUUUUCACUGCUAGUAAUACUAGUGAGGCUCACAUGGCUCUCACACACCCUCAUAUUCCUGAUGUGUUGUACACAUUAGAAAUAUGUAUGACUGAGCUUGAUCGUGUUCUAGCUCGAAAGUUCUUUAGGCGACCAAAUGAUAACAAGACUGGUGACACUGCAGGGAAGGAAAUGACUGAGAUUACUGGGAUUAAUGACAUUAACCCUGGUGCUCUUAUUUGUGACUUUGCAUUUGACCCUUGUGGGUACUCAAUGAAUGGGGUUAUUGAUGGUGAUCGUUACUCUACAAUUCAUGUUACCCCUGAGGAUGGUUAUAGUUAUGCAAGCUUUGAAUGUGUGGGGUCAAUUUACGAUGAUCAUGAUGAUGUUGCCAAUGUUUUGAAGAAGGUUGUGCAAGUGUUUAGGCCAGCAACUAUGUCUGUAUCAACCACAUGUGCCAGUCAUGAAGUUUGGACAAGGGUGGCUAGCGCACUCGAGCCACUUGGACUCAAAUGCCGGAGUUGUGCAAUGGAUGAGUUUCCGGCUGCGGGGAGCGUCGUGUUUCAAGCGUUCACGGCUCGCCGGAAGUGACCCGAAGGCGGUGGUGCUGGUGGUGUUGGUGGUGGUAGAUAUGGGGGGUCAGGGGUCAGGAAGGUUUAAUAGGAGGGAAAGAGGAGUUUAGAGAGAGAGUUUAGAGUUUAGUUGAAAACAUUUUUAGGAAUGAUGAUGAUGUGGACGAAUGUGAUUGGAUAAUGGGGAUGAUGAAUGUGGGGUUGACUUGUUGUAGAAAGAGAAAAAAAAAAGUGGGAGCAAAGAUUAGAGAUGAGGAGAGGGAUGACGUGGAAUUAAGAAGACAAGAAAAAAAAAAAAAAAAAAGGUUUGGUGUGAGAGAUACUGGGUUCAUCAUGAUAAGGCACCCCACUUAGGCUUGCACGCCUAAGAUUUUGAAGAUGGUAGUGGGGGACUUAAAAGUGCUCUAUGUUUGAGGUCAUAUUGAACUUUCUCAUUCUCUAUGUUCUAUUCUUUCUUUCUUUCUUUCUUUAUUUUAUUUUAUUUUUAAUUUCUUUUAUAAAAAAAGAGAAGAUCUUUUUAAUGUUCA